AUGAAUAGAAGUUGGAUUCAAGCACCACGCAUAAGCGAUGAGUAUGAAAAGGGGGUUGAAGAUUUCUUGAAGUUUGCACAACAACAUGCACCAGCUGUGGGUGGAAAGUAUUUCUGCCCCUGCGUAAACUGUGUGAAUGGAAGGCAUCAGGCAUUAGUUGUCAUUAGAUCACAUCUAAUUUGUGAUGGCUUCAUUCGGAGUUAUACAAAUUGGAUAUGGCACGGUGAAUUGCCAGAGGUCUCAUUACCUGCCGACAAUGAGGCGGUACCGUUAGAAACCGGAGAUCGAAUGGAAGACAUGAUACGUGAUCUUGGGCAAGAGGGAUAUUUGGAAGCUCAUGUACCCUAUUAUGAAGAUUUGGAAACAGAUUCCAAGUUACCGUUGUACUUGGGGUGCACAACCUUCACUCGGUUAUCUGCAGUGCUAGCUUUGGUCAACUUGAAGGCUAGAUUUGGGUGGAGUGACAAAAUUCUGACUGAGUUGCUUGUCUUAUUGAAGAAUAUGCUUCCCAAUGAUAACAAGUUACCAAAUAGUCACUACGAGGCUAAGAAGAUAUUAUGUCCUGUGGGUCUGGAGUACAAGAAGAUUCAUGCUUGCCGUAAUGAUUGUGUGUUGUAUAGAAAAGAGUUUGUCGAAUUGCGGAAUUGCCCAACAUGUGGGGUAUCACGAUACAAACAAAAUGACGGGGAAUACACUAAUGAUGUAGCCUCAUCCAACCCUCGUCCAGCAAAGGUUUGUUGGUACCUUCCAAUUAUACCAAGGUUUAAGCGAUUGUUUGCUACUACACAUGAUGCUUCUAACCUUAAAUGGCAUGCAGUUGACAGAAUAAAUGAUGGGUUUCUCCGACAUCCAGCUGAUUCUCCACAGUGGAAGACAAUUGAUCACUUGUAUCCUGAAUUUGGAGCCGAACCAAGAAACCUUCGACUUGGUCUUGCUUCGGAUGGCAUGAAUCCAUUUGGUAACUUGUCCACUAAUCAUAGUUCAUGGCCUGUGUCUCUAAUGAUUUACAACCUUCCUCCUUCGUUAUGCAUGAAGCGCAAAUACAUUAUGUUGUCUAUGAUGAUAUCGGGUCCAAGACAGCCAGGAAACGAUAUUGAUGUGUACCUUACUCCUUUGAUUGAAGACAUGUGCAAGUUAUGGGUAGACAUGGUUGAUGUGUAUGAUGCAAAUCAGGGUGAGACUUUCAGGUUGCAUGCGAUGAUAUUUUGCACCAUCAAUGACUUUCCAACUUAUGGGAAUUUGAGUGGAUAUAGUGUGAAAGGUCACCAGGCUUAUCCAAUUUGUGAGCAAAACACAAGUUUCAUCCAACUUAAACAUGGGAAGAAGACAAUUUAUACACGGCAUCGUAGGUUUUUAAAACAUUAUCACCCCUAUCGACGAUUGAAGAAAGCAUUUAAUGGUAGCCAAGAGACUGAAGAACCUCCGGAACCGUUAGCUCACCAUGAAGUGUAUGACCGGGUGAAAGACAUCGUAACUGUUUUUGGUAAGACACAGCGGAAGGAUCAUGCUAACAAGAACAUUUGGAAGAAAAGGUCAGUGUUCUUUGAUCUUCCUUAUUGGACCAAUCUAGAUGUUCGGCAUUGUCUCAACAUUAUGCAUGUGGAGAAGAAUGUUUGUGAUAGUUUACUUGACACCCUUCUUAACAUCAAAGGCAAGACAAAGGAUGGUCUGAAAUGUCGACAGGAUUUGGUCAAUAUGGGUAUACGAGAAUAG